AUGCUGAGGCUUGACUGGACCAGCAGUACCCUGAGUGGCACUGAGACCUCCCUAAAGAUCGUUGGACAGCAAAGAGCAGCAAACGGCAGCUCCACCAGUCUGUUCCGCGUGCUUCCCUCCGAGGCGGCCCGCAGCGCGCGAGCGGAGCCGCUCGGCCAGGGACCAGGGAGGCCGCGGAGGAGCCGGCGCCACGCGGCUCGGGACGCGCUGCGGCCGAGGCACCUCUGCCUCGUCCCACUCACUUGUAGCAACGAGGAGAAUCGGGUAAACGCUCCGGAUAAAAUGAAUAUUUUGCCUCCACUGAUCGUACAAAGGCCACGUGGGCAUCCCACCUUCAUAGAGCAAACAGUUUGCCCAGCAUUAGAAUUUGCAAGGGUUCAUUUGAUCAAAGACAAAGAUGGCAUAGAUGAUUAUUUGGCGAAGAAUAUCAAAGGGCUGUCAAAACAAGAAGCUGCUGCUUGCAGGAAUUCAUACAAGAAGAACAUCUGCAUAGACAUGCUGCGACAGGGUUAUCACAAGUCCUUCUCGGAGCUCUUCGCUCUGAUACAGAAGUGGAAUGCCUUGAGGGAGGCUGCAGGGCCUGGGUCAGCCAUAUGGCAGCAGCCGUCCCUGGAGGAGCAGCCUGAUAAGCUGGAUCAGCUUUACCACUUCCUGACCAGGGCCGAGGCCGCGCAGCGAGCAGGGAACUAUGAGGAAGUCUACAAUAACCAGCUGAACUUGGCCUACUGUUUCAAUGAUUCCGAGGACAAAUGGUUAAGGAAUUACUUUUAUGAGCAAUGCUUUAACACUGCUCAACUAAUAAAAAUUGAUGGUGGGAAGAAAGAGGCACAAGCACAUGCAAAUAUGGGCCUCAUCAGUGAGGAACAAGGUGAUAUCAUGAAAGCUGCUGAACACUAUGAAGCAUUUUAUGAGCUAACAUUGGGCUCAACAUGGAAAGAUGAGACAGGCCGUACUUACAAUUCGCUGGCGUGUGAACAUCUCUGGAAAACUUAUACAGUACUAGCAGACAAAAUGCUAGAAGAUAAACAACACCAACAGGUCAUCAAAACGCUAAAAAAAGCUUUUAAAAUGGCAAAAGAAG